AAUAAUGUUAUAGAUAAUAAAAUUGUCAUAUUCUUCUGUCUGCAGACAAUUUUAUGCAACCUCGUCAUCGGACGAUCUAUUGCUUCGCCGCUCGCUAAUGUUUGGUUGAGUCCGAUACCGGCUCUUUCACCGUUCAAGCAGUACCACAUACAAGACGGAUCGGGAUCUUAUCAAUAUUCCUUCACGGGGCCGCAUCAUGCUAAAGCAGAAACUACUUUGAAUGGUGUCACGCAGGGUGGAUAUUCUUAUAUUGACGCAAAUGGAAUUUUGCAAACGGUCUCGUAUAUAGCAGACGAUAAGAAUGGAUUUAAGGUUAGUGCAAGCAAUCUACCACAACCACCCAGGAAUGAGCUGCAAACUAUACAGGACAUAUCAGAAGUAGCAGCGGCGAAGAGAAAUCAUCUUACAGAAUUGCAGAAGUCGCAUCAAUCAAAUUGGCAGGAUCAAACUCUUGUGUCGUACAAAAUCCUGCCGUCGUACUUCAGUUUCGCCCAAAUCCAGCCGGACGGCAAGAACAAAGCUGAGUUGAAUUUGAAAACGCAAGAAAUAGAGGCUACCAGUAAUCCAUUCUUACUGUCAAGAUCGGAGGCAGAGAGAAUCAAUGUUCCCAAGCCGGAUCCGAGUCUUUCGAAGAUAUCGCCCACGUCUUCGAGUCCCACCUCCACCACCAUCUUUUCGUCAUUACCUACCAUGACAUCAUUAAGGGAGAGCAUACUUUUAAAGGAUGAUGAUCGAACAUCUAAUCAGAAUGCCUUGCAUCUGGGGAAGCUGAUGCCACUCUCCAACAUCCAGAAACGAGUAGCCUUGCCUAUACCAUAUGUAUUUCCGGUACUACCUUACAGAUUCCUUCACAGCUCGCUGCAUCAUACGCAGGAUUCUCUGGGUCAAUACGAUUACAGUUAUACUGGGGACUCGAGCGCCAAAACCGAAUCCAGGUCGCUCGACGGUACGACUAGGGGAGCAUAUAGUUACAUUGAUCCCAAUGGGAUUCUUCAGCAGGUGCAUUACAUCGCCGAUCACAAUGGAUUCAGAGUCAUGGCAACUAAUCUACCUGAAGCGAAGUGAUAAUCAUGUCGGUGUCGUCGAAAAUAUCCCAUGGAGCGUAAAAGCGUUUACCUUUAAAACGCGAUAUGAAAUAUUAAUACCUUAUAUAUUCU